AUGCCCCCCACAAUCUUCACACGCAUAAAACAAUCCCUCAGCCCACGAACUUCAGAAUUCAAAGCCAAAGACAAAGCAAGUCUAGAUGACUUUCCCGUCCCACCACAAACCACUCGUCGAAGAACCAAUUCUCUGGAUCGGAGCAGACAUCGAGUAGAAGAUGUAAGACAUGUGGGUGACCGACCUUCAACCUCACGGGCGACGACGAAAAGAGAUGUGAGAUCAUUUUCAAGGCCCAGAACUGCUCACUCGCCGAGUUUCAAGCCAGAUAAGAUGCCAGAGAUGCCUAACCCAACGAAAAUGUUCUCACCACUACAUCUCCAAUCUCAAACCCCAUCACCAACACAUACCCCGUCACUCACCCCACCACCACCCCCCUCAACCCGACACCGCUCAAACCCGCACCACCACCGCCCCCCACCAAUCCCCAUCCCCAGCGCCUCCCUCCUGCACCUCCCCUCCAGCCUCUCACCACGCGAGCUCUCUCGGAAAGGAAGUGCGGCUAAACCGUCCGCGGCGGCAGAACUGUCGGAGUUAGCUAUGAUGGCGCGACUCAUCAGCGGGGAAUCAGCGUCGUCGAAGGAGGAUGAGAGUAAAGGAGGAAGGGGGAGACUGAGUCCGGGAGUGAGGAUGCCGGGGUCGCCGGGGUUUCGGGAGGAGGAGUUGAGGGAGUGGGAGAGGAGAGGGUUGGAUAUGUUGGAGUGA